AUGCCCUUUGCCAAUAGGAUUGACAAGAGGAUCUGGUGGUUAACUAUGUCAAAAGCAGCAGACCGAUCCAACAAAGGUUCCCCGAACACAGAGUCUAACACUUCCACUGGGUAUGUUGGCAUAGUUUUGGGAGUGAUCUGUUUUCUCUUCAUCAUCACUCUCAUUCUUUUCUUCUAUUCAAGAAGACCGACCAAAAACGAAUGUCCAGGCAUCCCCAUACACACCAUUAGUAAUACAAUUAAUAUUGCUUUGAGAAUAGAAGAUUACGAAGAGUACUUUAAGCAGAAACAUAAGGAUUCAAACUGUGGUUUUGCUGAAGAGUAUGAGGAGUUGAAAACAGUUGGAACGGCGCAGUCCAAAAACACUGCCCUGGCUAUUGAAAACAAGCAGAAGAACCGUUACAGCAAUGUGCUACCUUAUGAUGCUUCAAGAGUGAAGUUAUCAAUGUGUGGUAGUCCCUUUGAUGACUACAUCAAUGCCAACUACAUCCCAGGCUACAAUUCAAGAAAAGAGUUUAUAGCAGCUCAGGGUCCGCUGCCCACCACAGUGAAUGAAUUCUGGAGAAUGGUCUGGGAGAAGAAUGUCCACACCAUAGUGAUGCUGACCAAAUGCAACGAGAUGGGACGAGUAAAAUGUGAGAAAUACUGGCCAUCAGGGACUAAUCAUUAUCAAAACAUCUCUGUGACAACCACCUCAGAGAUAGAACUGGAGAAUUGGACCAUAAGAGACUUCGGAAUCAAAAAUGUAAAAACAGCAGAAACUCGUAACAUAUGCCAGUUCCACUUCACGGCGUGGCCAGAUCAUGGAGUUCCACAGACCACUGAAGUCCUCAUUGACUUCAGACACCUGGUCAGAGAACACAUGAACCAGUACUCACGCCACUCUCCAACUGUGGUGCAUUGCAGCGCCGGUGUGGGAAGAACGGGGACCUUCAUUGGCAUUGACCACCUGAUCUUCCAGAUUGAAAGAGACAGCAUGGUGGACAUCUACGGAAUCGUUAAUGAUAUGCGCAUACACAGGCCUCUCAUGGUGCAGACUGAGGAACAAUAUGUUUACCUCCACCAGUGUGCACAUAAGAUAAUUAAAUCAAGAGGAGGAAUCAACAUGGACUUAAUUUACCAAAACUCAGACGAGCUCAGUAUCUAUCAGAAUGUAAAAUAUCAACAAUUGUGAAUGCAGAUGGCCUCGAGAUAGCCCUUGUCCAACAAUCAGGGAAAUUUAAGACUGCAUAAAGCACAUUUUAAGUUUCACAUAUACAUAUACAAAUGCUGUUCCUGUGGCUCAGUGGUAGAGCAUU